UCCCUCUCCCUGGAUUACACCACUGCAACAGCAAACUCCCACUCUGCCUCCACCAGAAUACAAUGUGUCUCAGAGUGGAGACGGAGCCGAGUGAAGGCAGGAAGAGGAAUCUCCUGCAACACCGGCGGUUGUAGAAACGUCCGACACGCUGUCGACCGUAGACGAAACUCGUCACACCACGUUUAGACUCUGUAACGUUGAGGCUUCACAGUUUUGCGGCAUGCCCACUGAGGAUCCACAGCCACUGAGUCACAUGACGAAGACGAAGACGAAGACGAAAGAGAUUAGAGUUGAGAGCAGCGCCGAACGGGCCCUCAUCGUUGUGACCAUCGGACAUGUUACGAACUAGAGCCCGACCGAUGAUGUCGACCGAUAUGAGCCAUUCGCAGACACAGAGCGUGCGGGAGGCCGUGGGUCGGAGCGUGAAGCUGAACCUGAGGCGCAGGGUCCAGCUGGAGGUCAGAGGUGACAAGGUGGAGAACAGAGUGCUGGCGUUGGCGUCGCAUCGAGCUUAUCUGCUGACGGCUCGGGUUCCAUCCAAGGUUGAACAUUCCUUCAGUUACCUGGACAUCCAGGGAAUCAGCAGCAACAAGCCCACUCAGUUGCUGUUGGAGCAUGAGCGCGGUCCGUGGAGCCUCCGGCUGAGCUCGGUGGACGAAGUGGACGAGGUGAUCGCUCACAUCGGCAGCUGCCUGCAGCGGAUCUGCCCGGCGGGCUCACCUGUGAAGGUGAUGAGGAAGUUGAGUUUGAAGCCAGCGGAGCGGACGGCGGCGCUCCAGGCCGUGUGGGACGACCAGGGCUCGUCCGACCUGGGACCCUGCGGCGGUUUCUCUCAUCAGUACUGGUGCGUGUGCGAUUACCUGGGUCUGCCGUACAGAGAGGAAGUCCAAUGGGACGUGGACACCAUCUAUCUGACCCAGGACACCAGAGAGCUCAACCUGCAGGACUUCAUUCACCUGGAAAACAGGGACUUGGUGGCGAUCGUCGCAGCUCUGGAGUUCAACCAGUGGUUCACCAAACUCUCCGCCAAAGACUACAAGCUGUCGACAGACGUGUGUGACCAGAUCCUCAGGGUUGUGGCUCGGUCGAGUCGGCUUGAGGAGCUGGUUCUGGACAACGCUGGAAUCAAAAGUGAUUUUGCUCAGAAACUGGGCGGAGCUCUGUCACAAAACCCCGCCUCCACGCUGCACACACUCAACCUGAGCAACAACUCGCUGGAGGACAAAGGUGCUGCUGCUCUGAGCGCUCAACUCGCCAAACUGCCGAUGGGCCUGAAGCAGCUGAUCCUCUGCAGGACGUCCAUGACUCCUAAAGGUGUGAACAGCCUCUGUCAGUCGCUCUGUUCCAACCCGGUCGUGGCCUCCACCCUCACACAACUCGACCUGUCGGGGAACUCGCUCCGAGGCGACGACCUUCAGAAUCUUCACAGCUUCCUGAGUCACGCCAACAGUCUGGAGUCUCUGGAUCUGUCGCACAGCGACUGUUCUCUGGAUCAGGUUUGUGCGUCUCUGCUCCGCGGAUCUUCGAAGCAUCUGUCCGUCCUCAACAUGUCGAAGACCGUCUUCUCUCACAGGAAGUGUAAAGAGAUCCCCUCGUCCUUCAAGCAGUUCUUCAGCUGCGCUCAGGCCCUGAGCUGCGUCAGCCUGUCGGGCACCAGGCUUCCCCUGGAGGCUCUGAAGUCCUUGUUGUUGGGCCUCGGCUGCAACCCGAACCUCAGCGACGUGUCUCUGGAUCUCAGCUGCUGUGAGCUGCGUUCCGGAGGUUCUCAGAUCCUGGAGGGCUGCAUCGCCGAGAUCCCCAACAUCUCCAGUUUGGACAUUUCUGACAAUGGUCUGGACAUGGAUCUCACCACUCUGCUGGUCUGGCUCGCCAAGAACCGCUCCAUCAGACACCUGUCGCUGGGCAAGAACUUCAACAACAUCAAGUCCAAGAACGUGGCUCCGGUCCUGGACAACCUGGUCCACAUGAUCCAAGAGGAGGAGUCGCCGCUGAUCUCGCUGUCGCUGGCCGACUCCAGGCUGAAGUCCGACCUCUCCAUCGUCCUCAACGCUCUGGGCAGCAACACGUCUCUGACCAAGCUGGACAUCGGCGGCAACGCCAUGGGAGACAUGGGCGCCAAGAUGCUCGCCAAGGCCCUGCAGAUCAACACCAAGCUCAGGACGAUAGUGUGGGACAGGAACAGCGUCAGUCCUCAGGGUCUGCAGGACGUCGCCGCGGCUCUGGAGAAGAACUACACCAUCCGCUUCAUGCCUAUUCCCAUCGUGGACGCGGCUCAGGCGCUGAAGGCGAACCCGGAGAAGACGGAGGACGCCUUGUUAAAGAUGGAACAAUAUCUGCUGAGGAACCACGAGACUCGGAAAUACCUGCAGGAGCAGGCGUACAGGCUGCAGCAGGGGAUCGUCACCACCACCACACAGCAGAUGAUGGACACGAUGUGCGUCAAGGUGCAGGAUCACUUGAACUCUCUGAGGUUCACGGAGACCAGCGCGGUUCAGGAGGACGUGAGGGCGGCGGAGAACCUGAUGAAGGACGCCAGGAACUCCAAGACACUCCUCCCCAACCUGUACCACCUGCGGAGCGGGGGGGGCCGGGGGGCCUGCGUUGGCGCCAUCCAGGACAAACUGGAGUCGAUGGCGGGCGAAGUGUCGAGGGUGAUGGACGAACAGCUGCAGACGAUGCUGGCGUCCAUGGUGGACGCUGCCGAGGGCCUGUGUCCCCACGUGAUGAAGAGGAGCAGCCUUCGUCCGGAGCUGCUGCAGGCGGGUACCGGGAGGAUGACCGUCCCGCGCAGCUUCGUCGCCGCCACGCUGCUGGAGCAGUCGGGCGCCGACAUCAUCAACAAGAUCAGUGAGGUGAAGCUCAGCGUCGCGUCCUGUGUGUCCGACCGCAUCGUGGACGAGAUCCUGGAGUCUCUGUCCAGAUCGCAGAAAACUCUGGCCGACCACCUGAACAGGAAGGACCAUCAGCCUGUUCUGCGUCACGAGCCUCAGACGGAGCUGGAGGUUGUGGACGAGUCGGUUCUGCAGCCGGAGUCCAGCGGCCGGGAGCCGAGGACGAGCUGCGAGCGGAAACACGGGCUGGAGGACAUGGACGCCUGCAUGAUGAAUCCUAAAUCCAAGAGGAAGAGUAUUCUGGUGAGGAUGCUUCGCCCCGUCUCCGUGGCCUUCGAGAUGGAGUUUGACCUGGACAAAGCCCUGGAGGAGGUUCCGAUCCACGUGGAGGACCCUCCCCUUCCCCUUCCUCUUCCUCCUCCCCGUUCGCCGCCGCUCGACAGAACGUCGGCCUCCUACGGAGACCUCCCGCCUCCGCCGACUUCCCCGGCCGCGAGGUCCUUCCCCCUGGACGAGCUGCUGCCGCCGGUGGAGCACAAGACGCUGGAGCAUCGCACCAAACUACGACCCAAACCCAAGAAGAGGACGAAGCCCAGUAGACCUCCUCGUCAGGCCGGCGGCGGCUCGGCGCCACCAGAGAGCGAGCAGAACAGCAUCAUGGGAAAGUUGGAUGAAGGGCUGGAAGACUUCUUCUCCAAGAAAGUCAUCAAGCUCAGCUUCAAACUUCCCUCUGUCAGAGGUCCGUCCUCCAGCUCGCAGGAAGCCUCAGAGAAGAAACGCGAGUCGAGGAAGAGCGGUUUCUUUAACCUCAUCAAAUCCCGGACGUCCCGCUCUGAGAAGAGCCACGGAGUCGCCGCCGCCGCCAUCGCUCCGCCCAACGCCGCGGCGCCCUCGUCUUCCGUCAGCCCGGUGACCGAGGAGGUGACGACGCCUGCGACGCCGGCCGAGCCCCAUCAGGAGCUCCACAGGGCGCCGUCCUCGAACCACGCGGAUUCCGAGGCGGACGGCGGUCCGACCGCCGCUGAGGAAGAGGAGCAGGAGAAAGAGGAGGACGAGGAGGAGGAGGAGGUGGAGAAGAAGGAACAUCCCCACGUUCCCCGGCACAUCGGGGUGCCUGUGAUGGGAAUGGACCUGCUGGCCGAGAUGAAGGCCCGACAGGAGAGGAUGGCCGCGAAGAAGUCUGAAUCUUCAGCCUUACAGGAGAAGAUGGACGCUGACAGAGCAGCCCAGUCGGACGCCGACGAGUCCAGACCGGAGCCGACGCCGAGGUCCAAACCACCGAGCGUCUCCCCGAGACCACAGCCUCCGUCCCAGGCCGCCAGACCCCCCCACGCCUCCGGUCCCCCCGGUCCCCCCGGUCCCCCCGGUCCCCCCGGUCCCAGGCCGAGCAGCACCUACGUCCACGACGACUCUACCGACGCCUGCUCUUCUUCUACCAAAGCACCACUUCCUGCUCCUCGGCUGAAGAGGGCGCCGUCGGAGCAGGAGACGGAGACGGAGAGGAGGCCCGGCAGCAGCGGCGCCGGCGCCGCAGGACCCGGGUCGCCGCCGCCGGACGUGGAGUUUUCUGGAGACGACGGCGGCGGCGAUGCCUUUGAGCCGCCUGGCGCGGGGGCGGAGCCUGGCGCGGGGGCGGAGCCCGGUGGCAGCGGUGACCGACAGUGGUCGUCUCUGAGGAGGAGUUCAACCAGUCCUACCGCCGACAGGGAGGCAGACCGGCAACGAGCCAAGUCUCUCCCCGCUUACGCGAGGCCUCCGUCGCUGGCAGACGCUGACCUCAGCGCAGCAGCUGAGGACGAGGACGAGGACGAGGACGAGGAGGAAGAGGAAGAGAUUCAAACUCCGGCUGCUGAUUUCAAGUUUGACGGCAAAUCAGAGGACGAGUCCGGCGACCACGACGACCACGGCGACCAAGGCGACCACGGCGACCACGGCAAUCCUUCAGUCUGACGCCUGCGACAUGUUUACGGUUCAUUAAAGGUCCGGACAGUGAAAAGCUUUGAUUUCCUGGUUAUCAGAGGAGUUCACUGACCCUGGAUCAGCCAAUCAGACGCCAACACAGAUCCGUCAGCGUCUCUGUCAACAGCUGUUAAUCCAACGCUCCACGGAUCGGCGACCGGAGGAGUUUUGGAUCUUCGGUGCGGAGACGAUCUGUCGGGUUUUUACUGCGUUCUAAUUCUGCAGGUGAACGAGCGGCCGGUCGUCACGGCGACGAGACGUUGAAACAACACAGGACUCUUUACAAAAUUAGAAAAAAAGACAAAACAAGGAAACAGAGACAGUUCCUUUACAAAGAGAUGAUGAAACAGAUUCAAACUGAAACAGAAGAGUCAGAGCUUGUUUUUUAGCUAAUGAUGCUACGCUAACCCGACUAGCAAAAAACUGCUGACGGUUCAUUUCAUUUCAAGGCGACGGAGACGAUGGUUGGAUGUUUUCAUCGAGUUUUAAUUGGAACUGGACAAAAGUUUAAAGUUAUAAAAAUGAAAAAGAAAUCAUCUUGUUUCUUGUCAGGAUUUUUUGAUAACAUGAGGGGGCGGGGCUUAUGGCCGUAUUGCAGCCAGUGAGCCACCAGGGGGCGGGACUUAUGGCCGUACUAGAGCCACUGAGCCACCAGGGGGCGACGAUGAUGUUCUGGCCACACUUCAAUUCCUGAGAUUCAUAUUUAACAUCAUUUAUUACACACUGACGUCGGCCAAUCACCUACUGCUGCACUUACUAAUGUAUAAUGUGUGGAUGUAUAUAAUUAUAUAUCUAAAUAUAUAUCUAAAUAUAUAUAUAUCUAAAUAUAUAUAUAUCUAAAUAUAUAUAUAUAUAUAUAUAUGUACUAACACAUGCUUCAUGUAAAUGGGUUUAAAGCAUUUAUUGUGAUUGGAGCAGAAGAUCUGAUUUGUCAACAGUGAAUCUAAGUUGAUUCAUAUUUUAAGCAACGCGACGGUGACGGUUUUUAUUUUAUUGGGAAAAAAUUGUUUGGAAAUAUAUUUGUGAAAAAAAAUUGGGUUAAAUAAUUUGUUUUAUUGAUUAUGUGUCAGUGGACAUGUAUCUGUAUUUGUAUGUUUAUACCAAUAAAUACUGUUUUACA